UAGGUUUCUAGAGGGGCUCAUGUUGUCAUGCAUGGAGCGGUGGUUUUGGACUCUGGUGUGCAUUGUGUGAGGUGUCAGUUGAGGGAUUUACGGGGCCUCACCAGCUCACCUCCACCAAAGAAAGAUCCCUAGUACUAGUAGUCUAUAUAUAUAUAGGAUAUAUAGGAGAAAUUCUUUGUCAGGACUGAAGAACUGAACGAGAAGAGGGACCGAAGAGGACACAGGAGAGGGAUCCGCUCAACAUUGGAGCUCAAUCUGAUGUACAGAUGGAGUACUCUGUGAUGCCCCAAUCUCUGAAUGUUCAGAGUUGAAACAGAUGGUUGAUUCUCUUUCUCUCAUGUGAGUGAACAACUUCUUAGCCCCAAAAAAAUCAAUUCUCUGAAACAUGGGUGACAUUCCCGAGCCAGAAGCUGCCAUGGCCGUGCCGGAGCCGUCGUCCAGCCUCGCACUUCGAGUCUUCUACCUGAGGGUGAGCAGGUGCGAGGUCGACGAGUCCAUGCUGGGCACUCUCACGCUCACCCACACCCCGCUCACUCCUGACACCAUCCUGGACUUGAGCGGCGCCGACCGCCACCCAGGCAUCAUCAGCAACGGCAACGGCAAGGGCAGCAGCGUAUCCUUCUCCCUCCGCCGAGAUCGCGUGGACAAGAGAUCGGAGGAAGCCACCUUCGUGUGCACGGCGACCGUCAGGGUGUCCGGCAGCGUGCGGUUCGAGGUCCAGAGCAAGGACGAGAGGAUCCUCGUCGGGAUUCUGGAGGCGUGCGACUGCGACGUGGACGACAGCAAGGGCGCCGGCACCACCAAGAGCUGGGUGAUGAAGUGCCAGGUGCCGACGCAGCGCGGCUCGGGGUUCCUGAGGUGCGGCUGCGGCGGGGAGAGGGACACGAACACGAAGCCGCCCGUGGUGGAGGUGUACGUCGCGGGCGUGUUCCGGGACACGCCGGUCGUGUUCACCAAGGCCAUGCAGCUGCGGUUCAGGCGGCGGCGCCAGGUGAAGGCGUUCAUGGACCCGAUUCCAGAGUGCGGCGAGCAGAUGGAGGACAUGAAAGAAACGCCUCCCAACCAUCACCCAGAGGAAUCGGAUUAUUACAGGUGCUACAAGCCCGACCCGGACGAGGACAGCCUCUACACGAGGUCGGACGGGGUUGACGACGGCGAGGAGUACAGCGAGCUGUCAUGGUUCACCGCCGGCGUGAGGGUCGGCGUCGGCAUCAGUCUGGGUAUCUGCCUCGGCGUCGGCGUCGGCGCCGGCCUCCUGGUCCGUUCGUACCAGUCCACCUCCAGGACCCUGAAGCGGCGGCUCAUCUCAAACCUGCUCUGAAACGACCACAUUGUGAGCACUUAUCCGGAGGCUGCAAGACUUCUCCUACUGAUGAUGAUGAUGAAAAACACGAUAGUAUGUAGAUGCUGAAACAUUGUGCGGUGUGCCGAAUGCACCUAAUUUAGUACUCGACUGCUCGUAGUAUUGUACUACCCUUGUGCAGUUGGUAUGGUGUAUUGUUGGCGGCAUGUGUGACAGUGCCAUGGUGAUGCUGCCGUGCUGCCUCUUCCGACGACAACGAGGCGGCGCACACUGGCAGCAAGCGCCUGCGUUUUCAGGAGAAUUACAUCACGUGUGGCGUGUGUGUUCUGUUCUGACUUCCGACGGAGCUGCCUUGAGACGUUGGCCUCGGCCAACCGUCGGAGCCCACAAGCAGAGAGGAAUAUAGGCUCUUCGUCCCAAAGGUUUAGAAAUCA